AUGAUGAGCCCCAAGAAACUAAUGAAGAUGGCGGGGAAGUGGAAAAAACCAACCACUUCCGGCAGGAAAAGAAUUUCGCAUCCGGGAGUUAAUGUGGAGGUGCAUUCAUCGUUAGAACCAGAGACGGGGCAUUUUGUUAUCUACACGAUUGAUGGAGGCCGUUUCACUAUUCCAUUGCAGUGUCUCCAUAGCAACAUCUUCCAAGCGCUCUUUAUGAUGUCUGAAGAAGAGUUUGGUUUGUCGGGGGACGGUCCUAUCACCAUGCCCUGUGAUACAGCUUCCAUGGAGUACAUAGUAUCGCUUGUGCGAAGAUGCAUAGCCAAAGGCAUAGAAAGAGCUUUGCUCAAUUCUAUUGCAUUCACUCCGUGCUCGUUUGCCGCUGCUGUUCACAACAAAUGUUUGGAUCAGCAAGUUCCUUUUCUUGCCCAGUGA